AUGGGUCGGGCCGGGUCACUACCUAUUGGAAUGGGCGCCGAUGGGACGAACAUGUCAUCUUUAUUCAAUCGAUUAAAAAAUCGAAAGACUCAAAAUAAUACCAGUGAUGAUUCAUUAUCAAUAAGUUCUUUUGAUGAGGAAGGUUUUCUGUGUCCCAUAUGUCAUCGUAAAUUUAAUGAUCAAAUUGAAUUAGGUGAACAUUAUACUGCCAUGCAUACGUCACCGACAAAAAAUAAUAAAGAAGAUGAUCAACAGCAACAGCGACAGCAGCAACAACAAUCUACAGCAAAUAAUCAUCUCACUGGAGAAGUCAAUGAGCGAACAUCAGCUCAAGAUCUUACUAAAGAACUAAAUUUUUGGAAAACACAAUUUACUACGUCCGAAGAAAGUCGAAUGUCGUUGAGUAAUGAAUUAAUUCAAGUUCGUCAACACGUUGGCGAUUUAGAAGCAGAAAUUGAACAGUUAAAACAACAACUUCAACAAUCACAGAAACGUCUUAGUGGACAGUCGCAAGAAAUUGCCAGUUUAAAAUCUGAAAAGGAUGUUUAUCAAUCACAAAUUGUUGUGUUUUCUGAUGAAUUACUCAUAGCACAAGAAGAACUUAAAAUCAAACAAAAUCAACUAUCACAAUUAUGCGAUGAUCUAAUACCGAGACCAUCAAGUGACGAUGUUGAUGUAUUAAAACAUGAAUUAGUGUCCGUUCAACAACAAAUGAAUGAUUUAGCUUUGGAAAAAGAAAAUGAAAUCUCUAAAUUAAUACAAGAAUUAUCAACUUAUAAAUCGACAAUUUCAGACAGAGAUAAUCAUGUGAAGUUAUACAAAACAUUUUUUGAUGAAAUGAAUGAAUAUUCAAAACAAUUAGAUCAAUUUCAAUUUCAGUUUAAUGAGUCUGAGAAACAAUCUAAAGAACUCAAUACUUAUUGUACAAAUAUGAAAAAUGAUACAAAUAAUUUAAUUCAACUAAUUCAAUUUAUGAAAGAAAAAUUUUUAUUAAAUAAAACUAAAUUAAACAAUCGUAUUGAUCAAUAUGAAACAAAUUUCACACAAUUACACAUGUUAAUUUCUCGAAAUAGAAUAGAUGAUCAUCAAUUGACAUUGGAAAAUAUGAUUGAUAAUAUGAAAAAUUCUGUUCAACAAAAUUUUACUCAAAUUGAUACAUUAACAUUAGAAAAUACUCAACUACGCAAUGAACUAGAUCAAUUGAAAACUCAAUCAAAUACAACGAUGGAAUAUAAUGAACAGAUAAAAAACGAUUUAAAAGUACAAAAUGAAUACAAUACAAGUUUAAAAUCAGAAAUAACAUCAUUAACGGACGACAUAAAACAAAUGGAAACGACAAUAGAACAAUUAAAAAAUGAAAAAAAUGAAUUAAUCCAAAAGAUUGAUACGGGAGAAAAUGGAAUAGAUACGAUUGUUAGACAACUAACAAACGAAAAGGAUCAAUAUGAAAAUCAAAUGAAAGAUUUAAAAUUAGUUGUUAAACAGAAUACAAGUGAUUUCGAAGCAAAAGAACGUCAAAAACAAUCAUUACUAAAUGAAAUUGAGACAUUAAAACAACAAAUAGAAGAUAUGACAAAUGAAAAUUCCAAUCUUAAACAAAAUAUUAAUCAAAAACAGGAACAUUUAAAUGAUUUUGAAAUAAAAUUUGAAGAAAAGAGGAUUGAUCUAUGA